CCCUAUAAAUUCUUAAGAACCGGAAUCAGAACCCUAAAUUCAAAUCAAAGUGCAAUCAGCAAAGCAGCGAGGUGAAUGCUGAGCGGCGCGUUGUUGCACGCGCCGGUACCGACCUGUAUGUCCAACUCUAAUGCUCCUUCGCUUCCUCCCAGUAAGAAAAGAAAGGUGAAAAAACUCAAGAAGAAUCGAUUCUCCAUGGCUACUUCUGUUCGUAUUGCUGUUGUUGGUGACGUGCAUGAUUAUUGGAAUCUGGAGGAGGAUGCAAAGGCACUUGAACUGUUGAAGCCGGAUCUGGUGCUGUUUACAGGUGAUUAUGGUAACGAGGAGAAUGUCAAACUUGUUGAAAGCAUAGCUGAUCUCACGAUUGCUAAAGCUGCUAUAUUGGGGAAUCAUGAUGCUUGGAAUACUUCAAGAUUUUCUAGCAGGAAGAAGGAUGACGUUCAACUUCAGCUGGAUUGCCUAGGGAUGGAGCAUGUUGGCUACCAACGUCUGGACUUCCCUACAUUAAAACUUAGCAUUGUUGGGGGUCGACCAUUUUCUGCUGGAGGUCAGAGAUUAUUUCGACCAAAGCUCCUCUCUAAAAGAUAUGGAGUCAAAACUAUGGAAGAAAGUGCAAAGAGGAUAUAUAAAGCUGCAUUGGGGACACCAGAGGAUCACUCUAUUAUAUUUCUUGCUCAUAAUGGACCCACAGGUCUAGGUUCUGAAGUUAAUGACAUUUGUGGAAGGGAUUGGACAUUUGAAGGAGGUGAUCAUGGUGAUCCAGAUCUAGCAGAUGCCUUAUCUCAGUUGAAAGAGACCACUAAACUCUCUGUUCCAUUGGUCGUGUUUGGUCACAUGCAUAAAAAAUUGGCGGAUGGAAAUGGUCUUCGGAAGAUGGUUGUAGUAGGCGAUGACAAUAGCAUAUACUUGAAUGGAGCUGUUGUCCCCAGGGUGAAAAAACUGGUCAUUAAACAUGACGCAACUUCUAGUGAAAACCCCAUAAAGUCAGUGAUAGGCACAAAACGAGCCUCCACUUUAGUAGAGAUUUUAGGUGGAAGAUUGGAAAAGAUUGUAGAAACUUGGGUUUCGGUCAUGGGAGACAAAGCUGCAUUAUACGAGGAGCAUAUACUAUUCAGCCCUGGACCUAGUGUUUCCAAGCCUAGCAGUGAAGACAACCCUCCCCGGUGAUGAAGGUCAUGGGUUCAAUUCCUCACUCCCGCUCUCCUCAUAUAAAUAUAUAGUUUAUCGAACUUAUACAAAUAUAUAGUCUUUACCAAAAGGUGGAUCAAGUAUUGAGACCUUUACUAGUGUCUGCCCCUGGUUUACUUGCUAGAUCAAGCUUAAUAAACUUGUUAAGUGAAUUAUUAUAUAAUAUGAAAAAGCAAAUUUACCAUGAAAGUGAUCACCCGUUAUGUUCAA